CAUCAGCACGAGCACUCUUGUUGCACUAGCUGCACUAGACAAGUAUUACUACAAAUUGCAUUUAUCUAGAUAACCAACGCAAGAUGCCCCCGCGACGAGCCAAGAAUUCAGAGGAAGUAAAUAAUAAAAAGGUGGGCCGCCCGCGCCAGCGUAGGCGCCAACCAAAAGAGAAAAGAAUUGAAGCAAUGCGAAAGACAGUUAAAUCGUUUGAUCCGGUUCAGUUUCCGCCCGAGUGUGCUUGGCGGAAGACACUUUGCCAGAUACCAGGUGCACCGAUGCAGCCGAAAACGUCAAGGCGAGGUCGUAAAAAUCUGUACACCAUGAAUCAACCCUUAUUUGCGCAGGUUCCGUUAGUAGAUGUAUCAACUGUUGAGGAUACACUAACAGAUUUUGGUGACUGGUCAACUGACAACAUAGACGUAGGCCAGAAACCUGCGUCUCUUGGAGCAGUUGAGCGAAAUAUUUCAGAACUCCAAAUCAAGAGGCCGAGGCCCAACCAACUCAAAGGUGUACAUAGGAAGAAAAUAAACAAACAGCGUCAGAGGCAGCUUAAAAACAAAAGAACCAAUAAAGCACUUCAGCAAGAUCAGCUCCAGACUCUAUUGGAACAUGAAUUGAUCGCGGAAAUUACUAUUGCUGGUGAAUCAUCGAAUCUUAAAGCAGUGGGUAAUACAAACGCAUCACAAAAAUGCAACAUACCAAGACCAAAAGACUUCGCAUUAAUGCCGUCUGAAUUGCAAGAAGACCCAACUAUGUGGAAAUAUUGGAAAAAACGGAAGUACCUUUUCUCGAGGUAUGAUGAGGGCAUCAAAUUAGAUAAAGAGAGCUGGUACAGCGUAACACCGGAACCUAUCGCAAGGCAAAUUGCAGAGAGGCGUCAAUACGAUUUAAUUAUGGAUCCAUUUUGUGGCGCUGGCGGCAAUACUAUUCAAUUCGCAAAAAAUUGUGGACUAAAAGUUCUAGCCAUUGAUAUUGACCCGAACAAGGUAGAAAUGGCUCGACACAAUUCCACAAUAUAUGGCGUGGAGGAUCGGAUUCAGUUCUUCGUCAAAGAUUUUUUUGAAAUGGCCAAAUUGCCGCCUUUCCUGAAAGCUGACAUGGUCUUUUUAAGCCCACCGUGGGGCGGCCCCAACUAUGUAAAGGAUAAACCUUUUGACAUAGAGACGCUAGAACCCCGUCCGGCAUCAGAGCUGGUGAGAGCGGCUCGAAAAAUCAGCUCUUCAGUCACUUUGUACCUACCCCGAAAUUCGAACAGAGACCAGAUCCAAUCGCUUGCUGACGAAAACGACAUUGUGGAAAUAAAGGAAAUGAUGGGAGGACUUACGGGACAAGGAAAAAGUUUUCAGGCUUUAGUUGUUUAUUACACUUUUUGUACAGAUCCGGUUCCCUCACAGAUGAUGGUUUAAUUUCUGUACUGCUGAUUAGUUACUAGGUAGUCUGAACAACAUUUAUUAUGAACAGAGUAUUGCUGCAUCUUAUUACUAUAUGUCCUCACUUACGCUUGGCCAUCUAUUUAUAUGCAUAGGUACUGUGCAGCCAGUCUCUUACUUCCCUACUUCCCAGUUUUUGUAGUUAUUGUUAUUUUGGUGGUCGGUGUUGUAUACUCCCAGUAAGCACCAGAGUUUAUUCCUAAUCAUGUUUUUUCAGUCAUAUGCAUUGGAUAAGAUUAGGUAUAUGGUGUAGUGAGGUUUACAUAUGGCAGUGCUUCCGUAUAAUUAUUAUAAGCCGUAUGAGAAUACGAUGUUUCUUAUUUAUUUUCUUUAUUAUAAAGAUAUUCUGGAUAUGAGUAAGGUAGACAAUUCAAAACUAAUUUUAUAACUGUAUAAAUAUAUGUGAGCUUGUAGGUUACCCAUUUUGUAUAGCCCCCUCCACACUCAUACGUAAAUCGCGGCGCGAAGCCGCAAACGCGAGUACCUAUGGAGUUGAUUUCGCAGAUCUGCGGAGUCUGGAGCGAGCUUAUGAUAUCUACAGAUUAAUGUUAAUCAAUAACGUGUAUACAAAAAGAGGGUAGGUAAGGACUCCUCAUCCUCCUCAAUAAAAAAACAUGUGAAGUAUAAUUAUUAAUAA